AUGGCUAAAUUUUACACAUUUUUACGCUAUCGCAAGUUCCUUGAAACUGCGUGCAAUCGCUUGGAUAGAUUUCACUACGAACAUCGGCAUCAUGAACAGAAUAAUGCAUCGCUUCUCUUACUCAUGGAACGGAUUUGUAUGGUGACAAAGCUGAUCACGAUACAGAUUAUCCUACCUGUCUUCGUGCUUGCAGUAGCUCCGAUUGUACAAUAUAUCCUCAAAGGCGAAAAAGUGCUGCCAUAUGCCAUUGUCAUUGUCUUUACCGACCCGGAAAUCACAUCACAUUUUCUGCUUAAUAUUGCCAUACAGUACUAUCUCAUGGUAGUAGGAAUUGCCGGAUUCCUAGCUGCAGAAAGUGUUUUAAUACUGUUUGUCACCAGUAUGGCUGGAUAUGCUGAUGUCCUAAAGAAUAAAAUUGAUGAAAUGAACGACACCCUGCUGGACGCAGAGAACUCUGAUGAUCGAACUGCGGUCAAAUCGAAACUGCGUGAGAUAUUGCUGCUUCAUCAACGAGUUUUAAAGUGA